CGGAAUGCAAUAAAUAAAUACAUUGUAAAUAAUUCAAACUGCCUAAAACCCUUUAUCCAGCUUUGCGGCUGAUUAGAGACGCAGCGAGAGAACGCAAAACGGAAGCUAAAAACUCGCUGAUCAUGCCACUAUCGCCACUGCUGUUGCUUUGACGUCGACAGCGACCGCAGCAGAGGCAGCAACAGCCAAGCAGCGACGACGCCUUGUGGCUGCGACUGGAACAGAAUUAGAGCGAUCGAGUCUGGUGCAGAUCAGUUGCUGGCGUGCGCUCUAACCCUGCGGGUGUGUGGUGAUCGUGAUUGUUGAUCCGUUGAUCGUGCAAGGAUAUCGAGCACAAUUCUUAAAUUCUGCCCCCCGUUAAUAUUUCUUGUUGUCGUCGUCCUUGUUGGCAAUGCGCAAGCGCAAAGUGCAAACAAAUGUUCGCGUUCAUUGUGAUAAGUGUGCCAAAUAAUUAAAACUCAAGUGAGAAACAUUUCAAGUGGCAAAGAGUGAACAUUCCACAUACCCAAUAUAUACUAUAUACAUACCAUACAAACACAUUUACAUAUAUAUAUAGUCUACACAUUUGUGUGUUGUUUGUCCAAGAAAUUCGUGAAGGAGGAGCGCCAAACGCUGUCGAUUAAUACAAAUCAGCAGCGAAAUGGAUUUAUCGAGGCGGUUGCGCUCAACUGCCUUGGUAGCAUUCAUUGUCCUAAUUGGCAUACAGAACACAGAAAGUAGAUUCCCUGGACUACGCGCUAAAAGACAGUAUGGUGCACAAUUGUAUUUACCCGGUAGCUAUGUGACGCCCGGUGGCGAGGGUGAUGAUCCCAACGAGUGGUCAGCCUGGAGCUCCAGCUCCGACUGUUCCCGCACCUGUGGUGGCGGUGUCUCCUACCAGACGCGCGAGUGCCUACGACGAGACUACAAUGGCGAAGCUAUGUGCAGCGGUGGCAGUCGUCGUUACUAUUCGUGUAACACGCAGGAUUGUCCCGAGGAGGAGGCUGACUUCAGGUCGCAGCAAUGCUCACGCUUCAAUGAUCAAAAAUUCGAUGGUGUCCUCUACGAGUGGGUGCCCUACACCAAUGCAGCCAAUCCUUGUGAGCUAAACUGCAUGCCGCGUGGCGAACGCUUCUACUAUCGCCAAAAGGAGAAGGUUGUCGAUGGCACACGGUGUAAUGACAAGGACUUGGAUGUCUGUGUGAAUGGACAGUGCCUGUCCGUCGGCUGUGACAUGAUGCUGGGAAGCAACGCCAAGGAAGACAAAUGUCGAAAGUGCGGCGGUGAUGGUAGCACUUGCAAGACCAUUGACAACAACUACAGCUCCGGUGAUCUCGCUGCGGGUUACAAUGAUUUGCUGCUCAUACCUCAAGGAGCAACAAAUAUACGAAUUCAGGAAUCGACGCCAUCCAAUAAUUAUUUGGCCUGUCGCAAUCAGACGGGACACUAUUAUCUGAACGGUAACUGGCGCAUUGAUUUCCCGCGUCCCAUGUUCUAUGCGGGCGCCUGGUGGAAUUAUCAGCGUAAACCGAUGGGAUUUGCUGCUCCUGAUCAGUUGACUUGUAGUGGUCCGAUUUCUGAGAGUAUCUACAUUGUUAUGCUGGUACAGGACAAGAACGUAAGCGUGGACUACGAGUAUAGUAUUCCUGAAUCAUUGAGCCACAGUCAACCCGAUUCGCAUACAUGGACACAUCGCGAGUUUGGGCCAUGCAGUGCACAAUGCGGUGGUGGCACACAGUCACGUCAGGUUAGCUGUCACAAUCGCAUUAACUUGCAAGAAGUUGAUGCUGCUCUUUGUGAAGCAGAGUCUAAGCCAGCCGAGAGUCAAGUUUGCGGCACGGAGCCUUGUGCUCCCCACUGGGUAGAGGGCGAAUGGUCAAAGUGCUCAAAGGGCUGUGGUUCGGAUGGCUUCCAAAAUCGCACUGUCACCUGUGAACGAAUUUCUUCUGAUGGUACUCAUACGUCGGAAGAUGACGCCGUCUGUCUGAAGGAAGUCGGGAACAAACCGGCAACGGCUCAGGAGUGUAAUCGCGAUGUAAAGAACUGUCCAAAAUAUCAUUUGGGUCCCUGGAAGCCAUGCGAUAAGUUGUGCGGUGAGGGUAAGGAAACCAGAAAGGUUAAGUGCUUCAUCAAAGAAAAUGGACGCAAACGAGUUUUACCUGAUGAGGAUUGUGUGGAAGAUAAGCCCGAAGAGGAGAGAUCUUGCCUGCUAACACCCUGUGAGGGCGUCGAUUGGAUCGUAUCCCAGUGGAGUGGAUGCGAAGCUUGCGGUCAGGAUACUGAAACUCGAACUGCUAUUUGUGGCUCUAAGAAUGGAAAGGUCUAUCCAGAGAAGUUCUGUGGAUCUAAAGCUCCAGAGCUAUCGAGAUCGUGCACUUCAUCAAAAUGUGACUCUCAAUGGUUCACAUCUGAAUGGAGCAAGUGCUCAGCCGCGUGUGGAAAAGGUGCUCAGUCCCGUAUUGUCAUGUGUGGAGUUUUUGAUGGCAAAGGUAUUAAGACGGUUGACAAUUCUAAGUGUGAUGCAGCUACGAAGCCUGAAGCGAAGCAGGAAUGCGAAGGCGAGGCGAAGGAAUGUCCUGGACAAUGGUUCACGGGUCCGUUCGGUCAUUGUAGCAAGCCUUGCGGUGGCGGUGAACGCGUUCGUGAGGUAUUGUGCCUAUCCAACGGCACCAAGUCCGCCAAUUGUGAUGAAUUGAAGGUCCAAUCGAUUUCCGAAAAAUGUAAUACUCAGGCAUGCACCAAGGAUCAAGUUCUACCACUCAGUAGUACUGAUAAACCCAUUGAGGAUGAUGAGGAAGAAUGCGCUGAUGAUGAGUUUGAGUUGGUCACAAGUGAUGUAACAGAUGAAACCAAGGUCACUGAAUCUGUUGAUCUCGAUGAUGUUACCGAUACGAUGGCUUCGCUUUCAACUGACGAUUUGAUGUUGAGUGAUAGUCCAUAUACGUCUUCAGGAGAUUCCUCUGAUACAACAGAUAGCACCGUUGAAGGUUCAGGCUCAGAAUCUACUUCAGAGAGCAGUAUUUCGACAGAAGGCAGUGGAGAUGAAGAAUCCAGCUCCACAGAUGUGUCAGGAUCUACAGACGCAUCCAGCUCGACAGAAGCCACAAGCUCCACAGAUGUAUCAGGCUCAACAGAUGCUUCAAGUUCCACUGACGUUUCUGGUUCGACUGAAGUGUCAGGAUCAACUGAUGCUUCAAGCUCAACAGAUGCUUCAAGCUCAACAGAGUCUUCAAGCUCAACAGAUGCUUCAAGCUCUACUGACGCUUCCAGCUCGACCGAAUCUUCCAUUUCAACUGAAGUAUCAGGUUCUACGGAUGCCUCUGCCUCAACAGACGCGUCUAGCUCAACAGACGCAUCCAGCUCAACAGACGUCUCCGGUGCUACUGAAGGAUUAGCUUUGACUGAGGUGUCAGGAUCAACAGAAGUCUCUGGUUCAACGGAAGUGUCAGGCUCAACCGAAGCGCCAGGUUCAACCGAUGCAUCUUCCGAUACAUCAGGAUCCACUGAAGUUGCAGGAUCAACUGAAGAGUCAAGCUCAACUGCAGAGUCGGGCUCAACAGAUGUUUCAGGAUCCACUGACGAUUCUACAGACACAACAGUUUCUGGAUCAACGGAUUCAAGCGAUUCAACGUCCGAUUCAUCAGCAUCCACUGAUAGCGCGAGUAGUAGUCAAUCAGAAUCAUCGACAGAAUCAACAGAAACGACGGUUUCAUCAUCAACAGAAAGCACCCCUGAAACUUCAUCAGAAUCAACCGAAUCAACAGUUUCCUCAUCCACUGAUUCCACAACUGAAAGUUCGACAGAUACUUCAAGACAGUCGUCGGAAGGAACAAGUGAAACAACUGUUGGCUCAUCAGAUAGCACCGAAAAAGAAGGAUCUUCCGAAAGUACACCUUUGGAAGAGUCAACCGAUGCAUCGUCAAAUGGAUCAACUGAAAGCUCUACUGUCGGAUCGUCUGACAUCACCACCGAGAGCUCAACAGAUGGUUCCUCUGAUGGUUCUUCUGAUGGCUCCACCGAUGGUUCGACUGAUGGCUCAACCGAUGGCUCAACCGAUGGUUCCACCGAUGGCUCACAAUCGACAGAAUCGACGAUCACACAAGGCUCUGAAUCUACUGAAAGUACCUCCGAAGGAGCAAGCACUGGCUCAACUCUUGAAGGUAGCACUGAGGAUGGCAGCUCCAGCUCGUCGGAUAGUUCUGGCUCUACUGACGUCUCUGAAACAACUGAGUUUGCUGGAUCAACUGAUUCUUCCGUAUCGACAGAUUCUACCUCCACAGUCUCUCCUGAUACCACGGGAUCUACCGAAGUUACCUCGUCUGUCUCUGACAUCUCUUCAACUAGCGAUUCGACAUUAACUACUGAAAGUGGACCUACAACCGAAAGUGGAGCUACGACCGAAAGUGGGGCUUCUACGGAAAGUGGAGCUACUACUGAAAGUGGAGCUACUACCGAAAGUGGAGCUACUACCGAGAGUGGUGGUACCACUGAGACAACCGAAAGUGGACCUACUUCUGAAUCAACAUCAGAAGGUUCCACUGACAGUUCCCUGUCAACCGAGGAAGAAACCACCAACGAUAUCUGGAGUUCUACAGAUUCAAGCACUCCACAUACUUGGGAGACUACGCUUACACCUGAUAAGGAGACAUUGCGUAAAUGUAAGUCCAAGAAGAAGAAUUGUGACAAGUCAGAGUUUGGUUGCUGUCCCGAUGGUAAAACAACAGCUAAGGGUCCAUUCGAUGAAGGUUGUCCCAUUGCGAAAACUUGCGCUGACACCGAAUUCGGAUGUUGUUCGGAUGGAGUUUCUCCAGCCGAAGGCAAAAAGAACAAAGGAUGUCCCAAAUCCGCAUGUGCGGACACACUUUUCGGCUGUUGCCCAGACAAAUAUACUGAAGCUGAGGGCGAAGAUAAUGAGGGUUGCCCAGAACCAACAACACUGCCACCAACAACGACAACAGAAGCAACAGAAGGUGAAACUACAACAGAAUUUGAUGGUUCAGGUUCUGGUGACACUUCAAUCUCAACAGAAGCCGAUACCGCUGUUACGUCCUGCGCCUUUACAGAGUUCUCUUGCUGUCCAGAUGGUAAAACUCCUGCCAAGGGUGAAAACUUUGCAGGCUGCGAUGAGCCAGAAAGUCGCCAGGGUUGCGAGAAAUCACAAUACGGUUGUUGCCCAGAUCGUCGUACACCUGCAGCCGGUCCAAAUGGUCAAGGAUGUGCUGCUUGCACAGCCGAACCCUUCGGUUGCUGCCCGGACAACGAAACUCCUGCUCAUGGUCCUCAAUACGAGGGUUGCUGCAUUAAUUCACGAUUUGGUUGCUGUCCCGACAACAUUCGCCCUGCUUAUGGCGAGAACUUCGAGGGAUGUGAGUGCGAACGUUCGCCCUAUGGUUGUUGCCCUGACCAGAAGACCUCAGCGCGAGGCCCUCAACUGGAGGGAUGUCAAUGCGAAACCACACCGAACGGUUGUUGUCCCGACAAGAUUACUGCUGCUCAAGGACCCAAGUUCGAGGGUUGCCCAUGCGAGACAAUGCAAUUCGGUUGCUGCCCCGAUGGUCUUUCCUUUGCUCGAGGACCACAUAACCAGGGAUGUCAUUGCGCCCAGUCCGAGUUCAAAUGCUGCGAGGAUGACAAGACGCCAGCAAAGGGACCCAACUUUGAGGGAUGCACCUGCGUUGAGACUCAGUUCGGUUGUUGUCCAGAUGGUGUUACCAAGGCGCUGGAUGAUAAAUUCGGAGGCUGUGAGAAUGUUCAAGAGCCUCCUCAAAAGGCUUGCGGCCUGCCCAAGGAGCAAGGUAGCUGCGGCAACUUUAGCGUCAAGUACUACUUUGAUACCUCCUACGGAGGCUGUGCUCGAUUCUGGUAUGGAGGUUGUGAAGGCAAUGGUAAUAGAUUUGAGACCGAAGCUGAAUGCAAGGAGUCCUGCCAGGAAUAUACCGGACAACAUGUGUGUCUGUUGCCCAAGAGCUCUGGCCCCUGCCAGGUGUUCUCCAAGAAGUGGUACUUCGAUUCGGAUCGUAAUCGCUGCGAAGAAUUCCAAUACGGAGGAUGUUAUGGUACAAACAAUCGUUUCGAUACCCUCGAGGAAUGCCAAGGCACUUGUGCUAUCAGCGAAACUCUGCCACCUUGUGAGCAGCCUGAAGAGAGCGGACCCUGCAACGGAAACUUUGAGCGUUGGUUCUAUGACAACCAGACCGAUAUUUGUCGUCCCUUCCGCUAUGGCGGCUGCAAGGGCAAUAAAAACAACUAUCCUACCGAACAUGCCUGCAGCUACAGCUGUCGGCAACCAGGAGUGCUUAAAGAGCAAUGCUCAUUGCCUAAACAAACCGGUGAUUGCAGCGAGAAGCAUGCCAGAUGGCAUUUCUCGGAAACAGAGAAGCGUUGCUUGCCCUUCUACUACACGGGUUGCAAUGGCAACAAGAACAGUUUUCCCACAUUGGAAUCAUGCGAGACUCAUUGUCCCCGGCAAGUUGCCAAGGACAUUUGCGAUAUUCCCGCUGAUGUCGGUGAGUGUGCCAACUACGAAUUUGCCUGGUACUACGAUACCAAGGAGACAGCCUGUCGACAAUUUUAUUAUGGUGGUUGUGGCGGUAAUGAGAAUCGCUUUGCCACCGAGGAAGCUUGUUUGGCUCGCUGUGAGAAGAAACCUGAGCCACCAGCGCCGGCGCCAGCGCCAGCAGAGAGCAGUGUGGAUGUCUGUGAUCAGACAGAGGAUCGCGGUGAAUGUGACAGUUAUUCUCUUAAAUGGUUGUUUGAUAAAUCGAGUGGUGUCUGUCGUCAGUUCUAUUAUGGCGGCUGUGGCGGCAAUGGUAAUCGCUUCGAAACCGAAUCUGAUUGUCAGCAACGUUGUGCACCACGAGAACCGGAAGUGCAACCAGAACAUCGUCCACAAGAACCUAAAGCUCAGCCCUCGGGUAACUUAUGUGAACAACCAGCCGCUGUGGGUGAUUGUGACCAGUAUGUACUCAAGUGGAACUAUAACUCAACUGCGGGUCAAUGCCAGCAGUUCUAUUAUGGCGGCUGUGGCGGCAAUGACAAUCGCUUUGAGACGGAACAAGAAUGCGCUGAACGUUGUACUGCUAGCGUAGAGGAAGAACCACGUCCCGAUGAUAACACGAUCAAGUGCUCUAGACCCUUGGAUGCUGGCAAUUGCAAUGAUAACAUUACACGCUGGUACUAUAACCAUCAGGAUGGACUUUGCGAUGAGUUCGUCUACUCCGGCUGCGGUGGCAAUGAGAACAACUAUGCCACCGAAGAGGAGUGCGAGAAUGAAUGCAAUGCUGUGCACGAUACUUGCGCUCUUCCCCCGAUACCUGGUCGCUGUAAUGACAUCUCACGUCGCUGGUACUUCGAUGGACGCACCGGCGGCUGUCACGAAUUCCAGUUCACCGGUUGCCGAGGUAAUCGCAACAACUUCGUAUCGGAAAGACUCUGCUUGGAGUACUGUCGUCGUGAUCUGGCGCAACCAGAGCCGCAACCAGAGCCGCAACCAGAACCACAACCUCCAACUUACUCGGUUUGCACACAAGCUCCAGAGGCUGGUGAAUGCGACAAUCAUACGGCAGCUUGGUUCUACGAUAGCGAGAGAAUGGCUUGUACCGCCUUCAGUUAUAGCGGCUGUGGUGGAAACGGUAAUCGAUUUGAGACCCGUGAUCAGUGCGAGCGCCAGUGCGGCGAGUUCAAGGGAGUUGACGUUUGCAAUGAGCCGGUGACAACGGGACCUUGCACUCAAUGGCAGACCCGUUACUACUUCAAUGCCCAAAGCCAAUCUUGUGAGCCCUUCACAUAUGGUGGCUGCGAUGGUACUGGAAAUCGUUUCAAUGACCUCUAUGAGUGCGAAACGGUUUGUUUGGCUGGCCGAGAGCCACAGCAAACGGGUGUGACCAAAGAUAUCUGCCGACUGCCGGUGGUCAUCGGUCGUUGCAACGGACCGGCAGUGCAGGAGCGUCGUUGGUUCUAUAAUGAUGAGCAAGGCACCUGUGUGUCCUUUAUUUACUCGGGUUGUUCGGGCAAUCAAAACAAUUUCCGUUCAUUUGAAGCAUGCACAAAUCAAUGCGGAAAUCCUAUCAACAAUGAAGUUCCCCAGGGCGUCCCAGAGAAUCGCUGCGAACAAUACGACAACGAAUGCCGCGAUAGGCGCUGCCCAUAUGGAGUGCGUCGUCAGCCAGCCGCAUCGCAACCUGAGUGCGAGGAAUGCGUCUGUGAAAAUCCUUGCGAUGGCCACUCAUGCCCCGAAACCCAGCAAUGUACCAUUGAUGUGUCAAACAGCGGUGACAAGUUCGAGGCCAUCUGCCGCGAUAUCAACAAGCCUGGCAUCUGUCCACAACUGCAGGCCAAUGCCAGCAACUGCAACCGCGAAUGCUACACCGAUGCCGACUGUCGCGGUGACAACAAGUGCUGCAGCGAUGGCUGCGGAUUCCUCUGUGUGCGUCCAGCACGUCCCACACAACGACCAAACACCCCAGCGCCAGCUGUCAUCUAUCCGGGUGAGGUCAAGGCUACAUUGGACCACAAGGAACCUGAGGAACUCGACGUACAGACCUCGAUUGGUGGCAUUGCUGUGCUGCGCUGCUUUGCCGCUGGCAAUCCGGCACCAAAUAUUACCUGGUCUCGAAAGGAUGUGGUGAUUGAUACCAACCAAGGCCGCUAUGUGCUCACCUCUAACGGUGAUUUGACCAUCGUCCAGGUGCGCCAGACGGAUGACGGCACCUAUGUGUGCGUGGCCAGCAAUGGACUCGGCGAGCCAGUGCGUCGCGAGGUUUCACUGCAAGUAACAGAACAACGAAAUAUUCCCGUCUACAUCUAUGGGGAGUCAAAUGUCACACAACUUGUGCAAUUUAAUCACCCCGCGUUGAUUCGCUGCCCGGCUGGCGGCUACCCGGCACCACAUGUUGACUGGUGGCGCAAUAACAAACGCAUUGGCCUUGGCAGUGAUCCUGGCCAGAUGAAUCCCGAUUAUUCGCUGUUCUUCCGCUCUAUUCAGCUCACGGAUCUUGGUGAAUACAGCUGCGAGGCAUACAAUGAGGGACGCCCAGUCUCGUUGCGUGUGACCCUCAAGGCAGUUGGCCCAGCUCGUGCUUUAAAUAAUGAGCAAGCCAAAUACUUGCAAUAUGUUAUUGACCCCGCUACCGCACCAGUCACUCAAAGACCCACAUAUCCCUAUAGGCUACAACGACCGGUCUAUGUGCCACCUCCGGUGGUGGAAACACCAAGAGUUAAUGCGCAAACCGUGAUUGGCCUCGAUCCGCAGAACACCUAUACUCCCGGCUCGACAAUUGCCAUCGGAUGCUCCGUGCAGGGAUAUCCUACACCAAACGUAACCUGGGCUAAGGAUAACACACCUCUUUACAACAGCGAGCGUGUGCAAAUUAUAUCCACAGCGCAUCGUCUGGUUAUUAGCGACGUUAACACCGAGGACUCUGGCAUCUAUAGCUGCACAGCCCGCAAUGCGUUCAGCUACCAUACUAGCCAAACGGAGGUUCACAUCGAAACUGUCGUCCCAGUGUCGCCGGACUGUAUCGAUAAUCCGUACUUCGCCAACUGCAAGCUGAUCGUACAAGGAAAGUACUGUGUUAACAAGUACUAUGCCCAGUUCUGUUGUAGAUCCUGCACAUUGGCUGGCCAGAUUGCGCAGGCUCAUCCCAAUGCGCUUUAUUAAUUCCAUACUACAACACUACCAACUACCAAAUCCUAUCAAGCCAAGCAUCUUUGUUUGAUUUCUGCAUUGAAUUGAGUUUAAACCAGGAAAGAAGAUGAGCAAGUUCACAAAGCCAGCAGAGAGACCAAAAAAAAAUAAUACAAAAAAUAAACAAAAAACCGCCAAUUUCAUAGCCAAUAGAUCAACUAAAAAACAAAAA